AAAUUUGGGCUGUUCUUCUUCUCUUCUAAUUAAUCCAACUAAUUUAAUAUUAUUUUGAUUCUGAUUCAGUACUUUUUUAAGUAUAUAUUUAUGAGUAAUUUCUGGGUUAUUUAUAUUAUUCUCCUGUGUUUAUUCUGCUAGUUCGUUUUUUUUUUUUCAGUGCAGAUUGAUAAGAUUGAGAUAGUUACUUAUUUAGGCUAAGCAUAAUUUUAUGAUUUUAUUUCUUGUACUGGGUAUUUUUUGCAAUUUUGGUCAUGAUUUUCCCAGAAAAAAAGUUUUAAUUUUUUAUUCAUUGAUUUCUGUGAUUUGGGUUGUUAUACUUGUAUUUUUCUGGGCUAGUGAACAUGAAAACGGUGUCGUUUCGCUGCUUAUUUUAUUUUAUUUUUGCGAGCUAAUACAGUUUAUUUUUUUUUUUAAAAAAACAGUUAAGCCCUUGAAGUAGAGCAAGAGGCAAAAACCCAGAAUUUGGGUUUUUGUAAAUCUUUUAUAUUAACGAUGAUUUGCGUGAACGUGUGAUGGGUUUUUAUUCUCUCCAAAAGCUGGGAACUUGACUUUUUGACUAGUAUUUUUUAAGAAAUAAAAUGUUGGGAUUAUGGGAAAGAUCAUACUCACAUUGUAAUGUGUUUAAUAUUAUAAUUUUUAUUAGUAUAUACUUGUAAAAAAAUAAAUGGGAAUCCACUUUGUUCAUAUUUAAAAUUUGUCAAUUGGGUAUUUCAAGAAAGGGUAAAUUGUUUGCUUAAUAUUUUGAUGGGUCAUUAAGCAUUAAAAAUCUAGUAGAGUUUUUGGGAAGAUGGGGUCAUUUUAGAUCUGCAAUGAUUUGGUGGGCAUCCUGUUUUAAAAGGGGUUUUUGGGUUAAAAUUUAGUAGCGUUACAUCUCACUUUAAUAGACCACAUUGCGCUUGCUUUCGUAUUCGAGAGUAGUAAAAGUCGAGUAAAGGUAAAAACUAUCUAUUCAUUAUAGGGUGGCUAGUUGCCAGUCUUGCCACAAAUAAUUGGAGAGAGAGAAAGUGAAGGUUAUGGGUGGUUGUAUGUUAUGAAGAAAUGAAACAAGCUAGGCAACUCUAUUCUAUAAAAUGAGGUUAAAUUAGUUACUUUCCAAAUAGGUUAAUUGGGGGAUGGUAAAAUUUCUAUAAAUGGGAUUAUAAGAGUACAAAAAGCUUAGCAAUUUGCAAUAUAAGUAGUACCUUUCCCAAGUUUGAAAGUGGGUUAUAUUAUUGCUGGCAUUUAUUAAGCAAGGUGAUUAAGUUUUAUUAGUAGGGGAUUGGAUAGAAUUCAUCUUAUUAUUGUACUUGAGCUUGAUAACUUUGAGAAAAUAAAAGUUGCAGAAAAUGAUUGGUUCCUUUAAGUUGUUUCCGAGUGCUACGAUGCAUCCGAGUUUCUGUAUGAAUUGAGGCGACGACCAUGAGGGAUUUGUGCUGCACAACUGCUGAUUGUACUCUGCCUCUUUUUCUUUUCAAUUAAAGUUUCAAUCAGUAUUCGAUGAUAUUCAGCCAUUCAGGUUAAUUAGUGGAGAGAUCUAGUCUGUCCUGAAGCUUCAGGGUUAUUCUGCUUUCAAAGAUUUUUUUUUGAUGAGUGCGAUUUCGAUGAUGGAAUUGAAUGCAAAAAGUCCCUUCCUGUGGGACUGGGAGAACUUAGUCAUGUUUAACACAAAAGCAGCUGAAACACCGAAAAAAUUGCAGUCGGAUUCUGAAAUUGAGGGAAUAGAAGGAUUUGAGGCCGGGUCUUUCUAUUCCUCUGGUGGUCGUAGUGAUGGUGGUACGGGUUCUGAUCUGGGAUAUGCUUCCUCGUCGAAGAGCUCAAAAUCAGCCUCUGUUGAUUCAUCCGCAGACAGAGAGUUAAAAGGAAACCAAUUUUCAUUGGAGGCAACCGAUUGUUUCCAACAGGAUCUUAGAGGCAAGAGAGAUUUGGUUAAUAGUUCAGGGACAACAAGAGCAUCACCAACAAUUGAAAGCUCAGUGGCUUCUGGUGAAUCUUUGAUUGCCUUGGAACUUGGGAAGCGGACAUACUUUGAAGAUGUUUCUGGGGCCAGCAAUGUGAAGAAUACUGCUCGGAGCUCUAUUCCACCUGAUUCUGCUGCUAAGAAAACCAAAUCUUCAUCACCCAGCAUAGAAAAUCCGCGUUGCCAAGUUGAAGGAUGCAACCUUGAUCUUUCCUCUGCUAAAGAUUAUCACCGGAAGCAUAGAGUCUGUGAAAAUCAUUCUAAAAGCCCAAAGGUUGUUAUAAACGGACUCGAGCGAAGGUUUUGUCAACAGUGUAGCCGGUUCCAUGGCCUUUCGGAGUUUGACCAAAAGAAGAGAAGCUGUCGCAGGCGUCUUUCUGAUCACAAUGCACGUCGCCGGAAGCCAAAGCCAGAGGUCAUUCAAUUCAACUCGAUGAGGCUGACAUCCUCCUUAUAUGAGGGUAGGAACCAGCUGAAUUUUGCUUUUGACCAGGUACCAAUGCAUCAGACUAGGCAUGGUACCUGGGAUAGUGCAAGAGAAUCUAAGGUUACACUGGCAAAACCGGGAUUUUUUACUACCAUGAAAUCCGGGGGUACUGAUCAGCUGCAUUCAACCCACAGUGGUCUGCCAAGCCCGACAACCAAAGUCUCUCCUGUUUCGACCCAACUAUUGCCAUCCAAGGGUGUGCCGUCUGAUGUCUUCCAGCGAGGUUUACCAGUCUCUGUGGCACCAUCCAACUUGGCUGCAGCUCAAGAUUUCCGUGCUCUCUCUCUUCUGUCAACAAGUUCUUGGAGUUCAUGCGACCCAGAACCUCCCGCACUUAACCAUUCUAUGCAUACAAAUCAUGCCUCCUUGGCUCCGUCUUUGCCUCCCAUGCAUCCAUUGCCUCUAGGUGGCCCUCCCAUAUCAUCGGAGUUCUGGCAAGCUGAUCAACCAGCCUCAGGUGGUCCUGGAUCUCACACCUCGACUUUCCAGUUGUUCAAAGCACCGAACGAGUCCAGCUUCUAUCUUUACUAAAUUGCAGCUGAUAUGCUGAGUAGUCCAGUAGUUUAUGUUAUUGCUGCAGAUACGAAGUUUUUGCUCAUCCUAGACCAUAAAGUGUAUGGAGUUUUAAGUGGUUUGGUGUGAGCUUGGUUAUUGUAACUGAUUAUUAAGCUUGACGUCUAUUCUAAAAUUUAGUUAUGCUUAGCAGCAGACUGUCCUCUGAUUUCUUCUGGUAAAAAGAUGCUUGUACCUGUAUGAUUUUAGUUGAGGUUUCCGACGAUUGGUUCUUGUCCGGCUUUGUCAGACUUGUUUUCAAUCUACUUGAGCUUUUUUAGGUUCACUUUGAAACUAUGAACAGGUUAUGCUUUUGUAGUCUCGUC